AUGGCGGUGGCAGCGGCGCCAGCGGCUGGUGCUGCUCAGCGGGACCGGACGCCUCCUGCAGCUGCGGGAGCCUGUGGUUCCCCGGGCAACCGCGGGCGGGGCCGGGGGCGGGGCCCACGGAGGCUGGGCGCCCGGCGGGAGGACCCGGGAUGGAAACCCUUCUGCUCCGCGUCUCAGCAAGUUGCAGGAAGGCUGUCUUCGGUCCCCAGCCUCAAAGGGUCAGAGUCGUGGGUGUGUCCAAAGGAAAGCUGGAUGGCACAGAGGUGGGGGCCCUCGGCUGAGAGAGGGGAGAGAGGUGAUGUUGGGGUGGAGAGUGAGUAGAGAGGCAGCCUGGAGAGACCGCUUCAGAUGGCUCGCAGCUGCCACUCGCGACCUCUUGGCGCAGAAUCUGUAAGACCGCAGCGGGACCGGCCUGACCUUAUUCUCACGGAGCUCCACCCGCGCCUACAAUACUUGUCCCUGUCCCCAGCAAUUCACAGCUCUCGCGCGCCACCAGCGAACCCAGCGGACUUCUCAAGGACCUGACCUUGUACGUCCAAGGCCGGGGCCCUUGUCCUUGGUGCUGAACAGGCAGUUUCCUCGCCUGGCCUUGCCCAGCUAGCCGCUCACAAGGACUGAAAGAGACUUGUGGUGGUGGAAAGUGGGAGAUCAGAGU